UCAGCAAGUUUACUUGUUUGAAUUAUUUUUCUAUAGCCCCAUGAACCUGAAAGAAAAAAGAGAAGGUCUAUUAAAAACAAAGUACAUGUUGACAAGUAUUCAGGCCCUCUGCAGAAUAUAGAAAAAGAAGAUGAUGAAACAGUGAAUACUGGUGAGAUCUGAAUAAGAUAGCUAUCUAUAUUUAUAAUUAAUAGUUGCUUUUAUUUUGAGAAAUUUUGCAUCCUCCCCUGAAGUCAAUAAUUAUUAUCCAAUACUCAUGUGUAAGUCUAGAAAUUGCAGUCAAAAAAUAAACCCAAAAAACCUGCAUCAACUUAUGCACAGGUCAGUGUGAAUACUGUAUGUUAAACUGUUAUCAGAAGAUGAACCAUUCCCUUUUCUGAAUAGAGUGGCGAAAGGGAAAGAGCUUAGUCCAUCCUGGGAGAAUCUAAACACUAUCCCCCUUUACUCUCUCUGUCGUGGCAAUGCUUUUGACCUUUUUGAAUACCUGGUUAGAAAUAUGACCAGACAGCUGAUCCCCUUGAGGUGACAUAGGUACUUUCUCCUCUCCAUGAAAUGACCCUCGACUUUUUAUGGGUCAUAUCAAAACCCAUAGUUUUGACCCCAAAACCUAUCCUUCAAUACAUGAAGUUGACUCAUACAUGAAUAUGCAUGGUAUUAUUAUUAUUUAAUCAUUUAUAUUCUGCCUUUUUCCCUUAAUGGGACUCAAAGCAUUUAACAACAUCUUAAAACAAUACAAGUUACAGUAGAAUCUAGGGACUGAGAUUUUGUUCCUCCGGAAGCAAUAAAUCCUCUCUCUUUGGGGUAUGCUUUAUCUUCAUGCAGAAGGUGUUGCAAAAACGCUGUAGCUGUACCAUGUUGUCACUUGAGAAUUCAGAGCUAUAUAAGACUUAAAGAACUGCACAAGACUAUGCUAAGGCUGCAGUCCUGUGGCAUGUUUCUUGAACUACUUUGAACUCAAAGGGACUUGCUUUUGAGUAGACAUAGAGUUGCUUGAUUAGUAAAGUAUGAUCCCAAAUUUAUUAGGCACUCUAAUUUAUUACACAGUAUUUAUUUUGUGAGAGUGAUGUGAUGUGAUGAUCAUUUGCAUGAAGGUGUACACAUAUGCUACUAUAUGUGGAGUUUUCUGGAUUAAUAUAAUCUUGUGGAUGUUUCCUUAGUGAUUCCAAAACACUAAUCCUCCAGGAUUUUUUUUGUUUGUUUUGUUUUUGGAUAUCAGCUUCCAGAAGCCUUUGCUGCCUUGGCCAAUGAUCAGGGAUUCUGGGAGUUGAGGUUCAAAACCUUUGGAGGACCACAGUUUGGAAAACACUGACUUAAACCUAAGUCCUGUUGCAGUUAGUGGUGUUAAUUUCUUGGUAAUAGAAUAGGAUUGCAGGCUAAUAAAGAGUUGUCACUAAAUAUCUCUAAUUAUAUUUUGUAUACAAUUUAAGGCAUUGGUUAGAUAAACUGAAUCAGUGUCAAUGACAUGCAUUCUGGAGUAACAUGAAACAGCAUUUUGUGUACUGGUAUCUACUAUGUGGAAUACUGUUUAUUCUGAUAUCAGAUAUAUUUUAGCAUCAUAUUGAAGAGGAACUUGGUAGUUCGGUUUUACCAAUAAUAUAAAUAUAUGUUUUAUAUUGUUUUAUGUUAUGUCUUAUCAUUGUCAUAUAUUACUUUCAAAUUUUUGAAUGUAAGUAAUUUGUUAAAAUUUGUUGUUAAAUAAAACAAGUCUAAUGUGUUUAUAUACAAAUGUUUAUUAAAAUGUAUAUGCAAAAAUAAAACAAUUGUUUUUGUAGUUAAAUGUCAAAAGCAAAGGUUAGCUGUUUGGAAGCAUACAUUAUGGGAGGGUUCUUGGGACACAUUCAGAUUAUUUCACUCUUUACCUUUACAUGUUAGGUUUUCCCUAUACCUCAAUAUGUAUUGAGGUGAAAGCUUACAGUUUUUAUCUCAAUAAGCUCUUAGAUGACAUUACACAGAACUACAUUAACACAUCAAGAAGUCAAAUUAUAACAUUUCUGACUUGUUGAUGUGAGCCAUAUUUGUAAGCAUUAUUAGCAUUAAUAAUGCAUGGUUGUGCAUAGGAAACUUCUCAAAGUUUGCAAGAUGACAACUUUUUUUCUUGAGAAAUUUAGAAUCCAAAGUUUGAUCCAGGGAAAUCAGCAGAGGAAAGGAAGUAGAGGAAGCUGUAUAACCAGAGAAGCUGUAUAUUGGGUUCCAGUUGCAGGUGGCUGGUCCUAUUUACAGCUGAGCCAAAAACAUAUACCAGACCUCAAAUAUGUUCAGCAACUCUUGAUCGAUUGAGAGAGUUUUCUAGCUCUAUGGAACAUCCAAGUAAAAGAAUUCAUGCUGAGGCUUUUCAUGAAACUCAAUCUCUGGAAUUUAAGAAAUGCAAUCAUUCUGUGACUGGAAAUGAGAAAAUAAGUGAAACUGCACAUCCUGAGAACAUUGAUAAGGAAAAAAUGUGUUUUAAUAUAAAUCAAUUUUCUGCUUCAAGUACAAGUUUUGAAAACAACCAAAAUUCCUCCAUCACUUCUAUCAACAAAUCAACCAAAGGCGGAUAUACACCACUUGAGCUCCAGUUCCUAGAAAUGAAAAACCAAUACAAGGAUGCUAUUUUGUGUGUUGAAUGCGGUUAUAAAUACAGAUUUUUUGGUGAAGAUGCAGAGAUUGCUGCUAAGGAACUGAACAUCUACUGUCAUAAAAACCACAACUUUAUGAGUGCCAGCAUACCAACUCACAGAUUAUUUGUUCAUGUUCGGCGACUAGUAGCAAAAGGAUAUAAGGUAGGAGUUGUUAAGCAAAUAGAAACAGCUGCUUUGAAGGCUGCUGGAGAGAACAGAAGCUCUCUCUUUGCCCGAAAGUUAACCGCAUUGUACACAAAAUCUACAAUUCUAGGGGAAGAUGUGAAUCCUCUGCUGAAAUUAAAUAACCUUGUGGAUGCUGAGGAAAUACCAUCUGAUGUCUGUGAUAAUUAUCUCCUCUGUAUCUCUGAAAGCAAAGAAAAUAUAAGGGAUAAGAAUCAGGAUGUUCACAUAGGUGUGGUGGCUGUCCAGCCUACUACAGGAGAAGUUAUUUUUGACAGUUUUCAGGAUUCUGCAGCUCGUUUAGAGCUGGAAAGUUUAAUUUUACGCCUGCAGCCUGUUGAGAUUAUUCUUCCCAAAGAUGUGUCUGAUCAAACAGAAAACAUUAUCAGUGCAGUCACUUCUUUAAGGUUGCAGGAUGAUAGAAUUCGAAUAGAGAGAAUGGAAAACAAGCUUUUUGAGAACAGCAGUGCUUUCCAGCUGAUAACUGAUUUCUAUAGCAAUCAAGUGCUUGAUAGUACAGGCUCCCAUGCCUUAUCAGUACUUGUAAAGUUGGAUAAGAUAGUUUUAUGCUCGUUGGCUGCUGUAAUUGUGUAUCUGAAACAAUUUAAUUUGGAAAGGAUACUCUACAAUCCUAGUAAUUUUAAGAUGCUAUCAAGUGAACCUGAAUACAUGACACUUAAUGGAAUCACGUUAAAGAAUCUCGAAAUCUUACAGAAUCAAAGUGAUAUGAAAAGUAACGGCAGCCUGUUCUGGAUCCUGGAUCAUACAAAAACCUCAUUUGGAAGACGAAGGCUAAAGAAAUGGGUGACACAACCGCUCUUGAAAUCAAGUGAAAUUAAUUCCCGACUUGAUGCAGUAUCUGAGGUCCUCAUGUCUGAAUCAAGUGUCCUUAUUCAAAUCAAGACUCUUCUGCACAAAAUGCCAGAUGUUGAGAGAGGAAUCUGCAGUAUUUAUCACAAAAAGUGUUCCACUCAAGAGUUCUUUCUAAUAGUUAGCACACUCUCUCAGUUAGAAGCUUCAAUCACAGCACUGGUUCCAGCUAUACAAACUCAGGUGCAAGCAGCAUUAUUGCGUAAGAAUCUCUUGGAAAUUUCUGAUUUGCUUUCUCCAGUGAAAAAGUAUUUAAGCAUACUUAAUGAAGAAGCAGCAAAAUCUGGAGACAAAACCCAACUGUUCAAGGAUCUCCAAGAUUUUCCUUUAAUAAGGUCAAGGAAGGAUGAGAUUCAGGCAGUACUCUAUCAAAUCCAGAUGCAUCUUCAGGAUAUACGAAAAAUAUUGAAAUGUUCAUUUGCUGGUUAUGUAACAGUAUCAGGACAAGAGUUUCAGAUUGAAGUUAAGAACUCGCUUGUGUUUUCUGUACCAUCUGACUGGAUUCAAGUUAGCAGCACAAAAGCUGUCAGCCGUUUUCACACUCCUUUUAUUGUAGAAAAUUACAGGCAUCUGAAUCAACUACGUGAGCAGCUAGUCCUUGACUGCAAUGCAGAGUGGCUACGCUUCUUAGAUGAUUUUAGUGAUCAUUAUUACUCAAUCUCUAAAGCUGUGGGUCACCUAGCAACUGUGGACUGCAUUUUUUCCUUGGCUGAGGUUGCCAAACAAGGAGAUUAUUGCAGACCUGUAGUAAAAGAUGGAAGAUCAGAGAUAAUGAUAAAAAAUGGGAAGCAUCCAGUGAUAGAUGUGUUACUGGGAGAGCAAGAGCAAUAUGUUCCCAAUGAUACACACAUAGUAUGUGAUGGUCAGAGGGCAAUGAUAAUUACUGGCCCUAACAUGGGUGGAAAGAGUUCUUAUAUAAAGCAAGUUGCGUUGAUUACUUUGAUGGCACAGAUUGGUUCCUAUGUACCAGCUGAGGAAGUGAGAGUUGGAAUUGUGGAUGGUAUAUUUACCAGAAUGGGUGCCACAGAUAACAUAUUCAAAGGCCACAGUACCUUUAUGGAAGAACUAACGGAUACAGCUGACAUAAUUAGAAAAGCAACUUCACAUUCACUAGUAAUUUUGGAUGAACUUGGGAGAGGAACCAGCACACAUGAUGGAAUUGCAAUUGCUUAUGCUACUUUAGAAUACUUCAUUAGAGAUGUGGGUUCACUGACACUGUUCGUCACCCAUUACCCUCCCUUAUGUGAAUUAGAAAGAGCUUACCCAAGACAAGUUGGGAACUAUCACAUGGCCUUUUUGGUGAAUGAAGAUGAUAGUGAGCAAAAAAGAGGAAUGAAAGAUGAAGAAAAUCCUGAAUUUGUCACUUUCCUGUAUCAAAUAAAAAAAGAAGUUGCUGCAAGAAGUUAUGGGCUAAAUGUUGCUAAACUGGCAGAUGUUCCUGAAGAAAUCCUUAAAAAAGCAGCUCACAAAUCAAAAGAGCUGGAGAGAUUUGUGGAUAUUAAAAGAAAAAGGCUGUUGAUCUUUGCUGAAUUAUGGAAUAUUCACAGUGCUGGAGAACUGCAAAAAUGGAAAAAUAUGUGUGAAUCAGAUCAGAUACAACCUUAACAUUUCUUCAGACUCUCCCAAAUGAAAAUGGAAAUAGCACAGGAAAUUUAAGAUAACUGAUUAGACAAAGAAAGACAUGCAAACUGAAAUUUCAGAGCCCUUAAUGAAUAUAGUGGUGGAAUUUAGAUGGCUAAUAUAAUCAGGGUUGUUUAAUUCAUAUAAACUGGCUCCAAUUAUAUUGUUUGGAGCAAGUUGCUGGAGGACAAUCUUGUGGGACAAACUAGACAUCAGAAGAUCCACACCCUUUUUGUUUUUGAAAUGCAAUUAUAUAAAAAGAAAAGACAAACCAAGCAACUCUACAAAUAAUCCCCAGUUUUACAAAUAGCAACAAAAUUAAGCACCUGCUGAUUUGUCCUAAAAUUUGAACUCAUCUUAGUUUUCUCCACUUUUAUCUUCUUUCUUUUCCUGGACCUUUUUUUGAGUUCUAGCCGAUUUUUUCCAUUUUGUUUUAUCGACGGGGAGCUGAGGAAGUCCGUAUCUCUAAAUAGGUCAUUGUGUGAAGUUUACUUCUUCUUUUUUUUUUUUUUUUUUGGCCUUGCUGAGUUUGAAUCAGGAUCUGCUGGUGUAGAGAGUGCAGUUACUAUAUGUCAUGGCACUGAGUAAGCUGACUUAGACAAAAUGCAAGGCAUGUUCUUCAGGGCAGUGUGAAUGGGUACUGUGAGCUUGCAGAGCAGGCAGUCAUCAUAGGAGAUGGCUGUCUCAUGAAAACCUUAGAAAAGGGCUGGACAGUUCUUCAGUAGAAGACCGGAUGAAUCUGGAUAUCGCACCUGUACUCAUGAGGCCAGGAAAUGUAGGUCAGCAUAGGAUAUGGAUGACCUUUACACUGCCACACCAGACCCAUCCACUUUGCCCCCUUCUGCCUUUUCGUGCUGACCCUUUCUUGCUCUCUCAUUCCCUCAUUUGUCACCCAGAACAUUCAUGUUUAAAUUCAACAUUUAAAAAAGCUGCUAAGGAGCUGAGGUACCUUUCAUCUCUUGAACAAUUUCUAGUUGAAAUCAUUCUGAACCACAUUGCAGAGAAAUAUAUAGGUAUACCAGAUGGCUCAUAAUUUGUUUUUCCUUUUUGGAUAAACAACAAGGGGGGAUACUUUGGGAAAACAUAUGCAGAGUGUUAUGCCCAGAGUCGCUUUUAAUUUUGAAACAAAUGAACAAGUGUGUGAGAUCCAUCAAUGGGUCUUCUGGUGUCUAAUCUGUUUUGGCAGCCCGUAAUAGAACUACUGCAUCAGAAAAUCACGGAAUGACCCUUUAACAUGGGCUUUAACAUCAGGGAUACAUACAAGGGCUAUAAUAAGGUGUAGAAGAUUUUGUUGGAAGAAAAAAAUCGAAUGUAUCUUUCUUUUACCAGAAUUGUCAAUCCCAACCAUCCUCUUAUAUUCUGAAAAUUUGUUCUAGAGACUUGAGGAAACAGUGGGUCAAGUUUUUGGUGCCAUGGAGUCCUGCAGAGGGGCAGAUAAGGGGGAAGAAGAGAAAUGAUAUCUUGAUUUUACUGAGAUUGAUAUGGAGGUGCAUCAUGAGAUCUUGUCCUAUGUGCCUAGACCAUAAGAAUUAUUUAAAUACAAUAGACAUGUUCAACGCUAAUGUUUAGUUUUUAAUAUUCCUUCCUAAUAUCUAAUCACUGAAAAUAGAAGUAUUUUAUUAAAUGUCCUCAUAGGAUGUUUCACAAAGGCAAUUCUUGCCUAUGUCUGCUCCAAAAAUGUACUUAAUUAAAACACAUAUUUUGCUGUUAGAUGAAGUUAAUUGGAAUUAUUGAUAGAAAAAUCAUGAAAAUCAUAAAUUAUAGAGAUAUAGUCUUGUAUUAGAGAAAAUGUUCUUUAAAGACUACAUUUUGUGUCUGGAUCAGUUACAAUGACCAAAUAGUAAAUCCUUUGAAUUAAUAUUUAUUAAUGUUUAUUUGUGAAGAUAGUUGAAUUGAGCUGUAUCAAGUCUAAGGAGAGAGUACAAGAAAUCCAAUUUAAACUACAGUUUAACUCAGGAAAGAAUAAUGCAAAUGAUUAAACCAUUUAAAGCAGGUUAGAACCAUUUAAAAUUAUGUAUAUGUACAGACUGGAUAAAAUAUUCAGAUCAGAAAUUUUUGUAAAAUAAUAUGAAAGUUCUGUUUGCCAUCUGUUCAGUUGUACAGAAGUGUAUCUUCAUAUUUUAUAGAAUUAGAUUUAAUUUUUGAAAUGUGGGUACUGUUUGCUUGCAUGACUGCUGCAUUAUCAGCCUUGUGAUGAUAAUACUCCUGUGGUGAUCGUGCCUCAGUAUUGCCACUCUUCCCAAGUGUGUACAACUACCAGGAUGCUCAGUGAAUUCAACUUCUGACAUAUGAAAAAAGAUAUUCCUAAUAUAAUGGGCCGUUCACCUAACUUUUUGCUCUCACCUAGCUAAAGUGGUGGUAAGUGAUAUACUACCCAGGCAGCAGAUGUGGUUAUGCUGAAAAAAAUAAUAAAUGUUUAUGAGAUACAAUUCAA